UUCCUAUGGCUCAAACAGAUAUUAGUAUCAGAGCCCAUCCUCAAGGCACCGAAAUUUGAUGGCACCCCAUUCAUAGUUACAAGCGAUGGGUGUAAAGACAGAUUCGGUGCUGUCUUGUCGCAAUGUUUCACAACUCAACUUCCCUCAGGUGACAUGAUAGCCAGAACCCAC